AUGGCCACUCAUCCCCUACAAUCCAUCGGCGAGGUCAUAGGCCAAACCGCCGUCGGUGGAAGCAGAGCCUUAGGAUAUUUGGAGACUACCAAAGACAUUUCGAACUUGACCAAAUUGAGUCUUGCACACUUUCUUCGCUCUCCCGGUAUCAAAACCCCAAUCGUCUCAACUGUCACGUUGAGACGCGAAUUUCCCGAUUCGGCAAGAAAUCCUCGCGGUUUCGCUAUCAAGCUCUACAUCAGCGAACGAAGCUAA